AUGAGCGACGAAGACGAGCCCCUCAAUUUCUCAACAAACAAGUUAUUCGAGGAUUCAAAAGAUGAUGAAAGCCUAACACCUCGCUCGAUAUUCAACGCCCCAAUGAUAUUUCCGACGCCGUUUUUUAAUCCAGGAAUGAUGCCGCAGAGUAUUAUGGCAGCUCUUGCUAUGUCGCUAAAUCAUCAAAGAAUGAAUAAUAGUGUUUCUCCUUCCACGGAUCAUACAACAAUUAGUGUGAACAGCUACCCGUCUUCCGUGAGCAAUAUUAAAUCAGAAACACCUCCGACAGCUUCAUCCCCCACAUUGUGUUGUGCAGUCUGUGGAGACGUGAGUAGUGGAAAGCAUUACGGAAUUCUUGCAUGCAACGGAUGUUCCGGAUUCUUUAAACGAUCUGUUCGACGGCGACUUAUCUAUAGAUGCCAGGCAGGAACAGGCAACUGCAUUGUCGACAAAGCCCAUCGUAACCAAUGCCAAGCAUGCCGACUCAAAAAGUGUCUUGGAAAGGGAAUGAAUAAAGACGCAGUGCAAAAUGAGCGUCAGCCACGUAAUACUGCUACAAUCAGGCCAUCAUUGGAUAUGGAUCCCCAACAUUUUUUCCGAGAAUAUGCGGGAGCUGUUUCUGCUAUAAUGGGGCAUCCGAAACCUAUUAAACGCGAAGACUCUCCAGGUAGCGCAAGUGACGGAAAAACUGAAGAUGAAAAGAAGGACAGCUUCCAGGAAAUUGCAUUGAAAACUCUAGAAUCUGCACUGAAUUGGUUACACAAUAUUCCAUCGUUCUGUGUUCUUUCAGAUUUAGAAAAGAGACAAAUCAUUCUGACUCAAUGGCCAGUUCUCUUGUGCAUCUCUCUUUGUGAGAAUAUGAACGAAGAUAUAUCCAUCGAUGAAUCCUUGUCGCAAGUUAUGAUACGAUUCAAACAUCUCGAAGUCACUUCAGCGGAAUUUGCUUGCUUAAAAACUGUGGCAAUUUUCAUGCGAGCAUCUGAGGAAUUCUCGUUUCAAUUCGAGCAACAACUUGACCAAUCGUUGUGCAUUCUACAACAAAACUGUUUCCGAACACAUCCAAAUCCUUCAAGAUUUGGGAAACUUCUUCUUCUUCUCUCCGACAUUUACCACUACCCUACCUCGAAUAUCGAAUCUUUAUUGGAUGGAAAAAUUAACAACAUUAUCUCACAAUUUUUAUAG